AUGGACAUGAGGAUCAGGAGGGGAUCUGCAGCUCACCACGGUGUGCCAGAGGAGAGGUCUGCUGCUCUGCAGGAUGUUUCAAGGAUGGGGGCCAACAUCGCAGCACAGGAGGCAAUCCAUGUGCAGGAGAUCUUCACCUCCUACUUCUUCAAAGAGGGUGCUCUACCCUGUAUAAAGUACUCUGCAGCCACUUCGUGUGGACACCAGGUGUCUUGUGCCCCCCCUUCCCCAGAGGGCCCCUUGGUACUAGGGGGUCAGGAAGGGCCAAAGGGGCCCUGGGCAGUGUGUCUGGACAGCAGGUACAGCCUUGCGCAACGGAUACACACCAAACACUGCCGGGUCUACUCUCUGGGGUUGGGUGUGGAGGAUAAAACCCUGGAGCGCUCUCUGGCCAGGGCGGGCUGUGAGGUACACUGCUUUGACCCCAGCCUAAGACAGGCCCACCUGCAGGAGUCAGACAUGUGGCUCCACCGUCUCUCCAUAGACUGGAGGGACCCCAACCCAGCCAUCCCCGUCCAGCGACAGCACGGCAACACCAAGAAACUGGCCGCCAUCCUCAACGAUUUUGGACACAGACAGGUGGAUGUUCUGAAGGCAGACAUGGAGAGUGCGGAGUGGAAGAUUCUGGAGAACCUGGUUCUAGAAGGGGUUCUGAGCUCAGUGGGUCAGUUACUACUAGAAGUCCACCUCCACUGGGCGGGGUUUGAGGUGGAUGGGGACGACCCAUCCGUGGUGCGCUAUUGGUUCAGCCUGCUGAAGGAGCUGGAGCGCGCUCACUUCCGCCUCUUCCGUUACUACAGCGACCCAGCCAAGCCCCGCCUCUUCCUGCACAGGAACUUUCUGAACGCCAGCAGUGCCUAUACACUGGGCUGGGUCAACAAUCAGUGGAGGCCCUGAGAGCACUGACUGACUGACUGACAGACAGGCCUCUGGCCAGUGAGAAGGGGAAACUCUGGGAAAUGUAGUCCAGCUACGAUGGAAAACGAAAGAGUCGUCAAUUCCAUAGGAUGUUUGCCUUUGGAUAUUUACAGUGAGCUCCAAAAGUAUUGGGACAGUGACAGUUUUGUUGUUGUUUUGGCUCUUUAC